GAGAGGAGGAAAAGGCAAAGAAGAGAAGCAGAAGGGAGGACAGAUGUGGAGGAAAAGGGACGUUUUUUUAAUGAAUUUUGGACAAAAAGAACCCCACUUGACCUAUCAAUCAUCAUCGUGAUGACGUCACCAAAGAGGCAACAAUGAAAAAUGAGAAAAGGACAGGUGGAAUUUCUCCGUAAAGAAGCAUGUUGAUGGACAAAGUCAGCAGAGAAGAUUCCUUGGAUUAUUUUCCAUCUCCACAUUACAAAACUUGAUGACUUUUGCAAACUACUGGAUUGUUCUUUUCACCGUGGAUUCGACCAGAACCUCAUCUCUAAAAAAACACAAUUAUUAAAGUGUGCCGAGGACAUAAUAAGAAUAAAAAUGACUUUAUUUGUCAGAAUAGUCAGCGAGUGCAGUCCAAACAGGAUCUAGGAGGACAACAAGCUAUUUUUUUUCCCCGCUCCUGAUCUCCUCACCAACAUCAACGCUUGGACUGGAGGACCUUCACAACCUGCGCCAGUGGGAGGUGACUGUCAGAAGAAAUGCGGGUCCUCGGUGCCUUAGUACAUCACCACCAGGACCAUGGCAUUUCAUUGGCCAAUGAGAAAAAAGGGGUGCUUCCAUGGACUCACCUCUCCUGCUAAAUGGUUGGCAUCCUCCUUGAUGCUUCGAUGCUUGCCAUGGAUCUUCUUUUGGCUGCUGUGGCCCAUCCGAGCUGAACAAGUGGCCACUGGGGGGCACGGGGGCAAACCUCUCCACAGUUCCCUGUCGUCCCCCUCGUCAUCGUCCUCCUCUCCCUCCAGCUCCUCAGCAUGGGGAUUCAGCACAAGGCACAGUGGAGGGCAGCUGGACUGGCUGCUGUCAGAAAAGGGACCUUUCCACAGAUGCUCUGAGUACACAGAGUUCCGAGAGAGGUUCCAGCAGGGAUUUUCUACCAGAUACAAGAUUUACAGGGAAUUCAGCCACUGGAAGGUAAACAGCCUUGCGACAGAAAAGAGAGACUUCUUCAAAGCUUCGUUGCCGUUAGCACCAGAGUUUCUACGCAACCUGCGGUUACUGGGGCGACGGCCGACCUCACAGCUAAUCAACGAGAACCUCAUCAAGAAGUAUGGGACUCACUUCCUGGCGUCUGCUACCCUAGGAGGUGAGGAGUCUCUGACCAUUUUCUUGGACAAACAAAAGCUGAAUAAGAAGUCAGAAAGCAGCAGCAACAGCACCGUGGUGUCUCUGGAGCUGCUCCAUCAGUUAGCUGCGUCAUACUUCACAGAUCGAGAAAGCACCCUAAGGAGACUGCACCACCUCCAGAUUGCCACUUCAGCUAUUAAGGUAACAGAAACAAGGACGGGCCCUCUCGGCUGCAGUAACUACGACAGCUUGGACUCAGUGAGCUCCGUGUUGGUGCACAGUCCUGAAAAUAAGAUCUACUUAAAAGGCUUGCAGGAUGUCCUGCCAGAGUUUCUGCGUGGGCGCUUUGUGGAGGCGGCCCUCAGCUACGUGGCGUGCAACUCAGAGGGCGAGUUGCUGUGCCGCAACAAUGACUGCUGGUGCCGAUGCUCCCCUCGCUUCCCAGACUGCAACUGUCCCUUUGCAGAUAUCAAGGUCAUGGAGGAGAACUUGGAGAAAAGCAAGGAUGCCUGGAACGCUUUCAACCAAGACUUCAUAGAAUCUGAUGAAUUCAAAGCCUUCCUGAAGCGUUUGCCCACCGACCAAUUCUUGAAUGUGUCCAUGAUAGCCAAGUACUGGUCUGCUGACGUCUCCCUCCAGAAGCGCUACACGCAGCUCGAGUCCAGCACGGCCUUGGUCCAGGGCAAAGCUCAGAAGAUCAUCAGGAAGUUGUUCACUCUCAGCAAACGAUGUCCGAAACAACCUCGCUUCAGUCUGCCUCGAGAAAGGUCGCUUGCCUUUUGGUUGAGUCAGGCUCAGUCACUGCUCUACUGCAAUGACCACGGAGUCCUGGGAAUCUUCUCUGAGGAAGUCAAGAGCUGCAGCUGCCCAGUGGAUCAGCCCACUUGUCAGAGUGUCAUUCCGUGCGUUGUGGGCACCUCCUCCACAUCCUGUUCCGCUUGUGCCAUUGACAACGCUACCCGCUGUGGAUCCUGUCACCAUGGCAACCUCCUACACCUUGGUUCCUGUCGACCUAGCAUCGCCUCAUCCCUAGACCACUAUCUGAAUUUUGAUCUGGACAUGCCGGAUGCUGAGGUGAAGUACCUGCUUCAGCAGUUGGACAGCCGAAUAGAGGUCCAUGCCAUCUACAUCAGCAAUGAUGUACGCCUUGGAAGCUGGUUCAAUCCUGCCUGGAGAAAGAGGAUGCUGCUUACGCUUAAGAGUAAUAAAAAUAAAUCCAAUCUCAUCCACAUGCUGAUGGGCAUUUCUUUCCAGAUAUGCUCAACAAAGAAUUCAACACUGGAACCCGUGCCUGCAAUUUAUGUGAACCCUUUUGGAGGAAGUCACUCAGAGAGUUGGUUCAUGCCAGUGAACCAGCCUGACUUCCCCAACUGGGAGAGAACUCGAUUGGAUUCUGUGGCGGCUACACAAUGUUACAACUGGACAUUGUCACUGGGGAACCAGUGGAAGUCCUUUUUUGAAACCGUUCACAUCUACCUGCGAAGCCGUAUCGUCACAGAUGAUCCAACAGUGAAUGAAACUCUCUUCUAUGAACCUUUAGAUAUGGAGGAUCAGACAUCAAACCUGGGAUAUAUGAAGAUCAACACAUUGAAAGUGUUUGGAUACAGCAUGCACUUCGACCCUGAGGGCAUAAAGGAUCUAAUACUCCAGUUAGAUUACCCAUAUACACAGGGUACCCAGGAAGCUGCCUUCUUGAUGUUGUUGGAGAUGAGGGAUCGGAUCAAUAGGUUAUCCCCACCAGCACCUCAGUCGCUCGACCUGUUUUCUUGUCUACUACGGCAUCGACUCAAGUUGUCAGCUGGUGAGGUGGCACGCAUCAAGGAUGCUCUCCAGAUGUUUAACUCCAAGCUUCCCAAUGCUUCUCCUGAACCUGAGCUGGCACAGCUGUGCAGCUAGCUAGCUUUGCGCUCAAGACAGGUUUCAAGGCUGGACUGACUUAUGGAAGAGAUUUAUGGAUUUAUGGAAAUCUUGGCUGAAGCAGAGUGGCUACUAUUAAACAUUAUAACUCACUAGGAGUCUACUGACAAUGUCUCUUGGUUUUCCAGAGUCAUUUGUAUCAUGAGGGUUAUCACUACCAGAAGCCAAAAGAUCAGUUGGAUUCCAGACCUGUUGAAGAACAGAGUUCGGUUGACAUGCUGUACUGAAGUUGCCUGGAACCUUACAUUUGCUAUAACUGCCUUGCUUAUGGCAACCUCAAUGACAGCAGAGGGACUCAUGGAAAACACCUAAGGCCUCUGACUUGCAAAGAGAAAUGUGAUUUUGAUAUGUCUGGAGGAACUCUUGAGAGAUCAAUACAAAUGUAAUGUCUAAUGGAGUAAGAUCAUCCUUUUCUAAGCAUAUUUUUUGGUUUCAUAAGUAUUCAGAGGAGAAUGAGUGAAGAGUGAAUCAAAUUCAUUGUGCAUUGAAGGAUGUCAUGUUAUGCUUAGCAGUUUAAAUUGUGUUAAUCCUGAACCCUGUUACUGUCAUUAGCCGUUUUUCCCACCAAGAUUCCCAGGAACUUUUAUUACCAAUAAUCUUUUUACCCGGGUAAAAUAAUGAAUGGUACUUUAUGUUGUUUGCGCUUCUACCGCACCUCAAAGUUCAGGGUCAUUUAUUCAAAUCAGGCUUAUGACCUAUAGGGAGUGGUAUAUUUCUACAUUGAUGCCAUGGAAAUAAAGGAUGAGGGUCAGGCGAGUCCAUUUCAGCUGUAAAUAACAAUACAUGAAGAAUAAAUGUCAGUGUUGCGAUCACAGUGGCAACAUAUCCACAUCCCGUUAAUUAAGCUUUAGCAUCAGUCACUUAGCAUUAGCAUUAGGUUCACACACUGCGACUGUCAAUUUGUUUUUGUAUUUUUUCACAAAAGUAUACACCUACUUACAUUUAGAUCCACCAGACUGUCAGCUAUUCUUCCAGAGACUUUUUGAUUAUCCGACUGAAUCGAAGUCCUACUGAAUAUUCCCUCUACAAAUACGCUUAACAGAGUCAUUCGUCCAAUUCUCGCAGCUUUACUUCUUUGGCUAUAUAUUCCAAAUGAUGGGGAAAAAAUCGUUUAAAACUGAAAUAAACAAUUGUACUGCCACACUAUUAUUAAACAUGGCGAAUGAACAGGAACUCGACAAGUGUGUUUCACCAAUUGCCAUUCUUCAGCAUACUUAAGUUCCUGGGCUUCUGAAAAUACUCACCUUGUGACGAAAGUUGUUGUUUUGUUCUUUAACCCGGGUAAUGUUGGUGGAAAAGUAAUUUCAAAAUGCCAGGUCAAUGAGUUCCUGUGGUGGAAAAUGGGCUAUUGUACAUUUCUUUAGAAUUUUUUUCUGACAUUUGACUUGUAUCUAUGCUGAACAUCCGAGAAGCCUGUUCGUGAUGCUCUGUUCUUGGUGGUGUGUUUUUACCAAAAAAUAAAAAUAAUAAUAAUAAUGCAUUGGCAACACAAAUACUCCAAUAGCUUAAAUGUUAAUUUAUGCAUUUUUUUUUUAUUUGAAAAACCAAAAAAAAGAAGAGGUGACAAAAAAAGGUUUGCAGGUAUAGUGCUGUACAUAAUGCUCCAUCUAACCUAAAAUGUGGAUAUGUGCACAUUGCUUUUAAGAUAACCAAGUGCAAAAGCCCCCCUCCAUCCCCUGAAAGAAAAUGAAUAAAAAUGUCCAAAAAGUUUAUAACAACUCAUGCCUUAUAUGGAGUCAGUGUUGUAAGAAGCACAUUUAGUUUUGGUGUUUGAUUUCCUGGCAGGUGAUGCAUUGCUUUUAAUAUUGACAUUUUUCUUCAUUGUCACAUAUAAAUACUGGUCACAUUGCACCUUUGGUGAUGUCAAACUGUUUCGAGUCAUGUCAUUCUUCAGCUAGGCUCCAAUGAGAGAUGACGGCAGCACCUGAGAGAACACGUUUGAUGGUACUAGAGGUUUCAUUUAGCCUCAAUAGGAUGCAUCCAGUGUUCUCCACGGGUUGCAAAUUCUCAUUCUUAUUCAAGGUUUCUUAUUGCAGGGCACUUUUGGUAAUUCUGAGAGCUUCCAUUGAACAGCCAGAGAUUUCACCACAAAUAGAUUUUUUUUAUUUGUUUAAUUCAAUUACUAUUCCAGAGAAAGCUUUGUUUGUCAUUUUCAGCUGUCAAUCUGUUUUCAGCUUGCUUAAGUAAAAAUCUAAAGUGGCACAUCUAUUUGGGAUCUGUUUCCUUGCUUUCAUCACCCACUGAAUAAAUAUUACAGUGGAACCUCCAUUGUCGUAUGCCCUGGUUAGUGUAUGUUUUGGUUUUCGUUGAAAAUUUACGCAAACCCUGUCGGACACUGUCUUGGUUAUCGCAUUAUAUUGCACUUAACUAGCUGUUGUAGUUCACCAUUUGAUACGUGUUAUGUACAGUUUUGUGCUGCAUACAAUAUAUAGACCAGGUGUGUCCAAAGUGCGGCUCAAGGGCCAUUUCCGGCCCGCAGCUGUUUUUUUAUUGGUCCAAAAAAAACAACAAAAAAAAACACCAAACAUGGUAAAAUUAAAAAAUAAUUUAACAAGACUAAAGUCAAAGUAAAAUUACUCCUCAUUUUUCAUUUUACAAGACUAAAGUCAAAGUCUCCCCCGUAGACCCACCACCUGCGAGGGCAAGCAUAAGGGUCCGGUGCUAUGUGUUUUGGGUGAUGCUCGAGGGCGGGCGCCUGGGCGACCUGGUCUUCGGCGGCCAAAUCUGGUUCUUGGGACAUGGAAUAUCACUUCUCUGGUGGGGUGGAGCUUGAACUUGUGCGAGAGGUUGAGACAUUCCGACUAGACAUAAUCGGACUCACCUCAACCCACAGUUUGAGUUCUGAAACCAAACUCCUCAAGAGGGGCUGGACCUUGUUUUACUCCGGGGUUGCUGCAGGGGAGAGGCGGCUAGCUGGUGUGGGCUUAUUAAUAGCCCCUGAUUUUAGAAAAUUGUGGUUAUAAGGAAACUGGUUGGUGGUUUGUCUCCAUUUUUGAAAAUUGGUACGACUUUGGCUAUUUUUUUAUUUUGUUUGGAAACAUACCGGUCUGAAAUGACCAAUUACUGAUGUACAUCAGAGGUUGUGUGAUCUCAUUAAUUACCUUUUUUUUGUUUCCAUUUCAAUUCCAUUACAAUCAGCUGAUGUUUUUGCUUUACAUUUAUUGACAAUAUCAAUGAUUUCCUUUUUUGUUAUAUUAGUGAGGAACGUGGAGUUGGGAUUGCUGUCGAUAAUUUAAUUUGCCACUAUUAUGUUAGGUGUUAGCAUGCUAAAGUUAGUUUUUAAAAUUAUUUAUCAUGUGUUUACAAUUAUUAAAAUUACACCUUUUAAAAAAUAAUUCUUUAAUAUUUCAACUUUAUGCUCCUAAACCUGAUUUUUUUCAUAACAUUAUGACAUUAUUCUUGUAAAAUUACGACUGCAAUUAUACCUUAUUAAUUACUUUUUUCUCUUCAGAUUUUGACUUUAUUCUUAUUUUUCCAUUUUUGCUGUUGUUUUUUUUUUUUAGUUUUCUUGUUCAUUUAUAUUUUUUUAACUGAGCCACGGGCCAAUAAAAAAACAGCCGCAGGCCACAAAUGGCUCCCGGAGACUUGGGACACCGCUGCACUAAGAGUGUAGCACACAAUGGAGCAGACAUGUCCUCCAUGUUAGUAAGCAAGCGAGCUGAGCGGAGCCAGGCACACGACGAGAUACAAUUUACUCGCUACAUCACGGUUUGAAUAUUGCUCCCUCGCUGUAUCGUUUUUCAGAAACUAAUUAAGAAAUGAUUUCUGUUUCGUGGUUGACUUUGGCCUAUUAUUCCGUGUGGAAGUGGCAUGUUUUUGGCUGCUUAUUUUGUCCUAUUUCCCUUCUCAGUUUCAAGCCCAUUCUGACGUUUACCAUAAAUAAAUUGGAGACCUAGCUCAAUAUAUUACCAUCUCACGAGCCAGUAAGUAAGCGUUGCGCAAUGUGCUGUAAACAAAGCUAGCGGUAUUGUCGGGGUGUGCGUCUCUGUAUGGCUGAUUCAUGCCAGACUGGCUGUCCUGUAUAUCAAUCAAGUGACAAACAUAAUAGUGAGGAUGGAUGAUAGGAUGUCGAUCCUAUGUGCGAUCGACCCACAUUAUGCUAAUGGUGCGUUAUUAUGUCUUAUUACUGCUUAUCACGUCUACUAUAUUUAGUAUAAAGGUGACUAUCGGGGUGUUAUUUAACCCACUGACUGCCAGCCAUGUUCAGUUUUUGGGCAUUUUUGCUGAACUUUCAAGACCCACAGAAUAUUGAGUUUUAGGACUACAUAAACAUUGAAACUAUGAAAAGAAACUUUCUUCUUUCAUCAGAAAAAAAAAGUUUGUUUCUAGACUUUUUGGGUCUUUAGAUAUUGGCGGUACAACAUAGGGCAGUUUCAGCAAAAACACCUGAUUCUGACCAAAAAAACAGAGAAAACAAGCUUUUUCUGCAGAGAAGCAAAUUCAAGCAUGGUGGCAGUGGGGUCUGUUGGAUGUGGGGAUGAAUCCCUGCUGCUGACCGAUCCAGACGCAGCCACUCAUCAGAAGAAUCAGGGUUGGGUUCUGAGUCACCCGACUCUAAACUGCUAAUCACUAAUCACUAGCUUGUUGCUUCAGCUGCCAUUGUCAACUGCAUUUGUAUCUUCGUCACCUACAUCACCCAUGUCAACUCUAUCUUUCGCUAUCGCGUCACUUCAUGUGUUUCGCCAUUUUCCUCUCUCAACCCACAAUCCGUCUUCUUCAUAGACAAUCUGUCGCUCCCGGUUGGAGGAAAAGAGAACUGUUACUCCCUACUGGGACAGAAAUAUGUUGCCUACACGUCAGAAAUUCACACAGAAGAUGAAUAAGACUUUGAUCUGUACCUCCUGCAAAAAAAGCAAAAGACAUUAAUAGACGUCUUUGGCAGUGAAAGAGUUAAUGUUUACAGGGCUGUAAUAAUGUUUUUAGACGGCCAUAAACAGUUUUUCUACAGGUUUUCUAAAAAUAUUCAAUUUAUUAACACCGCGGUCGGGUCUGGAAUCAAUUAACCACGACAAACAAGGGGCCACUGCAUUCCCUUCAAUAAAGUUAUGCGUACACUUUGAUUAAAUGAAUGCAUGUUUUUUUAUUGAAAAGAGUAAUAUACUGUAUACUGAAUAAAUAGGCUAAUGUAUGCAGCCCUACAUCCUCAACAUGAGGACAUGAGUAAUAAAUGUGUAAGAAUCCAUUAUACAGCACAAAUAUGACCUACAUGUCAAUAAAAACCUCAGCAUCAGUAUGAAUUUUUUUCCCUUAUUUACAACUCCCAGGGGAAGAGAAUGGACCAAGAUGCAGUCACAGAGGGUGAGAGCAUCCGCUUCAUUACCUGUUUCUGUGAGAACUGAUUGGAGAACUUUGGGUCUGAUUAUGGAGCCUAGUUGGAGAUAGUUUAUCAUGGGGGGUAGGUUCCCAAAAUAGUCAACGAAGUAGCCAACUAUAUUUUUGUACAAUUAUUAUAUAUGCUCCCAUGAGCUCACCACUCAUAGGAGGGGCCAAAGGGCACGGGUGCAGAGGGAGCUGGGUGGUGGCUGAAGACAAGGGCCUUGGCGGUCCAAUCCUCGGUUGCAGAAGCUAGCUCUUGGCACGUGGAAUGUCACCUCUCUGGUGGGGAAGGAGCCUGAGCUGGUGCGUGAGGUGGAGAAGUUAGAUAUAGUCGGACUCACCUCAACGUAAAGCAAGGGCUCUGGAACAAGUCCUCUUGAGAGGGGUUGGUCUUU